ACUAAAUGUGACCAAAGCUAGACACAACAGCUGAGUGAUUUGUAUCUGUCUUGUUCCAGUUUUCAUUCGGAAGUAAAUUCGCUACAAUUGCUUCCGAUUUCAAAAUAAUGAUUAUAAAGUCGAGAAUUUUGAUAAUAUGAAAUUUGAAAAGGCAACAAUGCACAAUUAGCACCAUGGAAUGUGAUUAAAACUUUGUAAUGAUUUUUCAGAUGUAAAAACUGAAAAAUUCAAAACUAAAAAUAUUUCGGAAGUGAAAACUGGAACAGUUACAGAUCCAGCACGCAAUUCCCGGCCAAUUGAAAUGAUUUAAAGAGAGGAAUACAGAAAGAGAGAGCGGAGGCGACACCAACAUAAACACAAGCACACACACGAACUGAGGCAAGACGCAACGUUCUUUGUUGCAAAUUACCGUUGGCCCCUCCUUCCACUGGCCCCACCGAUCCACGAUCCGCCAGCCAGUAGCUUCUAGCCAGUGCUCUGAUGCAGACGUCUCGCUAAAGAAAUAACAACAAAUCGCUGGACUGGAAAGGAGCGCACAGCACAACCAUGUCGGCGGUUAACCAGAAGGAGAGCCCCAGUCGGGACUCCACGGCCUCCACAUCUGGACAUAUCUCAAUGAUGGCGGACAACACUUUGGAAUCCCUUUCGCGGGAUUACAGCCUGGGCAGCCUAAACUCAGCGGGGAGCCAGGACGAGUUCUUCCGGUGCCGUGACCAUGCGGAUAAUAUCCUCAAGCGGAUGCAGCUCUAUGUAGAUAGUCAGCAGCUUUGCGAUGUUGUCCUCAUCGCUGGAAUCGAUGGCAAAAGAGUACCUGCCCAUCGCCUAGUGCUAUCGGCGUCAAGUGCUUACUUCUCGGCCAUGUUCACGGGAUCGCUGCGCGAGACCAAGGAGCAAGAGGUUACCCUCGGCGAGGUGCACGGGGAUGCACUGCAUCUGCUGGUCCAGUAUUGCUACACAGGAUUCAUCGAGAUGCGCGAGGACACCGUGGAGACGCUGCUAGCCACCGCCUGUUUGCUACAGCUAAAUGCCGUCGUCACUGCGUGCUGCAACUUCCUGGCCCGCCAGCUUCAUCCAUCCAACUGCCUCGGGUUUGCGUUCUUUGCGGAGCAACAGAGCUGCACAACAUUGCUGCGACUGGCGCAGGCCUAUACCUGCCAGUACUUCAUGCAGGUGUGUCAGAACCAGGAGUUUUUUCAACUUAACGCUGAUCAGUUGGGCAAGCUGCUGUGCAGCGAUGAUCUCAAUGUUCCCUCGGAGCAGGAUGUCUUUCACAGUCUGAUGUCGUGGGUGCGCCACGAUUCCACUGCUCGUGAGCAACAUAUCCCGGGACUUUUGGCCCUGGUUCGACUGCCUCUCCUACAGCCCGCGUUCAUAAUGGAUCACGUGGAGAACGUGUGCAAUGCCAAUGAGUGCCAACAGCUGGUCAUGGAGGCCUUCAAGUGGCACCUAAUGCCCGAGCGAAGAUCUCGGAUAACUACUGAAAGGACCACGCCGCGAAAAUCCACAGUGGGCCGCCUGCUGGCCGUCGGCGGAAUGGAUGCCCAUAAGCGCGCCAUUAGCAUUGAGAGCUACUGCCCAAGAUUGGAUAAAUGGACACCAUGGAAGCAUAUGACUGGUCGUCGUUUGCAGUUUGGCGCCGCUGUCAUGGAGGAUAAGCUAAUCCUCGUUGGCGGACGCGACGGGCUUAAGACCCUAAACACCGUGGAGAGUUUGGACCUGAAUACAAUGGCCUGGGCGCCUAUCAAUGCCAUGGCCACGCCCCGCCAUGGACUGGGCGUGGCGGUGCUGGAGGGACCACUCUAUGCGGUGGGUGGACACGACGGUUGGAGCUACCUAAACACCGUGGAGAGAUGGGAUCCUAUUGCACGUACAUGGAGCUAUGUAGCGCCCAUGUCUUCGAUGCGGUCCACCGCAGGCGUAGCUGUUCUUGGCGGUCGCCUGUAUGCGGUUGGCGGACGGGAUGGUUCCGUCUGCCACCGCUCCAUCGAGUGCUAUGAUCCACACACCAACAAAUGGAGCCUUCUGGCGCCGAUGAACAGGCGUCGCGGCGGUGUGGGCGUGACGGUGGCCAAUGGUUUCCUAUACGCCCUGGGCGGGCACGAUUGUCCAGCCAGUAAUCCGAUGGUCUGCCGCACGGAGACUGUUGAACGCUACGAUCCAGCUACCGAUACUUGGACACUGAUCUGCUCGCUGGCCUUGGGCCGGGAUGCGAUUGGCUGUGCCCUGUUGGGCGAUCGCCUGAUCGUCGUCGGUGGCUACGAUGGCACUCACGCGCUGAAGAGCGUGGAGGAGUACGAUCCGGUGCGCAAUGGAUGGAACGAACUGGCGCCAAUGGCUUUCGCGAGGGCCGGCGCCUGCGUGGUGGCCAUCCCCAAUGUCAUACCGCCGGCGGCCCAACAGCCGGCGGCCAGUGCUACAGUUUAGUCUAAACCCAUUCCACUUUCGGUUGCAGUGUAGGCUCGUUAAAUGCAUCGCUAGUGGGCCUAGAUUUUGGGGUAAUAGGAUAACUUUUUUGGACCGAUUUGCAUUUACUACCCAGCCAAAUUUGUACGUUAUUAGUAGAAUUCAAUUCUUUAGAUUUCAAUAUGUUGGUUGGAUCUUUACAUAAUGAAAAUGUACAACAUUUUACACUUGAGAACUAAUUCACAUAUGUAUUAUUCUAGACCUUUAUGAAUUCCAUUUAAUAUUACUUCUUUUUUUUAAUAUGUUGGUAGAUAGAUGAGCUGCCACUUAAGUCUUGUGCAUGAAUUUAAACUUAAACAUAGCAUUCCACGUUUACAAACAAUAAUUGUAAUUAUGUAAAUGCAAAGUAUUUACACGAAUAACUUGUAAAAAGGGGGUAUAAAAAUUAAUAUAUUUUAUUUAUUGAUAAAUAUGUAAUAUGUAAAAGAAAGCGGUAUAGACCUUAUUUAGUAUUUAUAAUCUCAAUCAGGUCAAUAGCCUUCUGUUCGUCCGUAUUUAAAUCAAGAAACUUUCGAUUCAAGCUAGAGCAGUAUGUAUGUAUGUAGUAUUCGGUCUAUAUUUUUCGACACAUUACAUAUCAAUCAUGUAUAUCAAUCAAACAAUCAAUCGAGUUAUUAAGAAAUUCAAAUUAAGCGGUUUAGCAUGGUCAAUUUAAACAGAAGUAGAAAGUGAAGGCCAAGUUGUUUUUAAUUUGUCUAGUAUUUUAAAAACAAAAAAAGUAAUCGACCACAGGGUUUUCUUUUGAGUUAAUAUUGUUAUUGCAUGUUAUAUUAUAUUUUAAAACAAAAAUAUUUCCAUUGAAAUAGGGAAAGAAAUGUCAAAAAACUCAAGAUUUUCAACGAUGUAUUAGAUUUCUUACGAAAAACAUCGAUGGUAGUUUUAAAAGUAGCUGCAUUUUAGCCUAGAAGCGAUGCACUUAGCGAAAGAACACUGCACCAAAUUUUAUAGUAGUUGUUGUUACUGUUGCUGUGAGCCGCUCGUGGUUGUUGCUCGUGUUCCUUAACCCGGAAAGUUUGAAAAUGCAGCUCACCUUCGCCUCGCUCUCGUCUGUGUUCUGACAUGAUUCCUUGUGGUAUGGCAUACACCCAGAAUUCACCCACUUUCCACACACCCAGUUACCCAGUACCCAGUAUUUCCAGCAAAUCCCGCACUUUUCGGCUGAUAAUAAGUGAAACUAAAAAUAAGUGAAUUAAACAAAACAAAUUAACAAAGAUCCAGAUAAAUCUCAUAGGUUUUAAGGAGCGCAUGUUGCGAGGCUUCCAAGCUAAAAAUCAAUCCUUAGCUGUAAUUAACCAACGUAUUUUUCACGAUCCUCUAGAUUUUAAUCAUUCUCCAUCCCACUCACUCUCCACAUGGUGUCGUACGCUUCACACUCUGCAUGCCAUCUCGCUCGCGCCGGUGACGGGCCUACAUUCCACAUAAAUCAUUAUAUCCUAGAUAAGACUGCGCCAAGCCAAAAUUUUCAAAAAACAAAAAUUGUUCAUUUUUGCAUGUGAAGUGUGCGAAGCCGUUUUGGAAAAACAAAAAUCAAAAACAAUGCUUAGUUUUAGUUAGUGAAUACGUAAAUAUUCCAUGGAAUGAUUAAAUUUCGACUUCUGCAUCGUCAUUUUGUACCGAUAUUAUUUAGUAAAUACUAGAUGUGUGUGUG